AUGUACGUCAUUUGUGCAAUUCUGUUAUCACUUACAUUACAAUAUAAUGUAUAUUCAAGGGAGUUAGGUCAAAAGCAACUGUACUCUCUGGAGGAGGCUCCAACACUUUUCGAACAGUUUAUAAAAGAUUACAAUAAAGAGUAUGAUGAGAACGAGAAGGAAGAAAGGUUUAAAAUAUUUGUGAACAAUUUAAAGGACAUUAACGCUAUGAACGAGAGGAGUUCCAAUGCUGUUUACGGUAUCAAUAAGUUUUCGGAUCUGGACAAAGAGGAAUUCGUAAAAUUUUAUACUGGUCUGAAAGGAGACGGGUGUCCAACAAAUGAGGAUCAUAAAAGUACUGAUUUGCCACAAUCAUUUAAUGUUACUGCACCGGAUCAAUUUGACUGGCGAAAGAAAGGAGUCGUAACCAGCGUAAAGAAUCAAAGACAUUGUGGUUCGUGCUGGGCAUUUAGUGCAUCUGCUAAUGUUGAAAGUAUAAAUGCUAUAAAGACUGGUAAGCUCAUUGACGUGUCUGAGCAACAACUAGUGGAUUGUGAUAAACAAGAUAACGGAUGCGGAGGAGGAUACCCUUGGAAUGCCAUGAGGUACUUCCGUGAAAGCGGUGCAAUGUCUUUAAAGUCUUAUCCUUACGUUGCUACAAGCGAGAAUUGCCGUUAUGACAGCAGUGAAGUUGUAAUCAGGUUAAAGGACUAUAAACACAUUACAAAACUGUCGGAAGACCAAAUUAAGGAGCAUCUUUACAAUAUCGGACCAUUGAGUAUAGGUAUAGAUGGAUGGCCAAUUCAAGGGUACGCAGGUGGAAUUCUUAUUGAAGGGUGUAAUGAUGUUAUUCGAGUCAAUCACGCAGUUCUUUUAGUAGGAUACGGAAAAGGUCAAAAGCAACUAUACUCUCUGGAGGAGGCUCCAACACUUUUCGAACAGUUUAUAAAAGAUUACAAUAAAGAGUAUGAUGAGAACGAGAAGGAAGAAAGGUUUAAAAUAUUUGUGAACAAUUUAAAGGACAUUAACGCUAUGAACGAGAGGAGUUCCAAUGCUGUUUACGGUAUCAAUAAGUUUUCGGAUCUGAGCAAAGAAGAAUUCCUAAAAUACUAUACUGGUCUGAAACGAGAGGAGAUUCCAUCGAAUGAGGAUCAUAAAAGUACCGAUUUGCCAGAAUCAUUUAAUGUUACUGCACCGGAUCAAUUUGACUGGCGAAAGAAAGGAGUCGUCACUAGCGUAAAGAAUCAAAGGCAUUGUGGUUCAUGUUGGGCAUUUAGUGCGUCUGCUAAUGUUGAAAGUAUAAAUGCUAUAAAGACUGGUAAGCUCAUCGACGUGUCUGAACAACAACUAGUGGAUUGUGAUAAACUUGAUUUAGGAUGUUCAGGAGGGGCGACAUGGAGUGCACUGAGAUAUUUCCUCGAUCAUGGUGCAAUGUCUUUAAAGUCUUAUCCUUACGUUGCUAAAAACGAGAAUUGCCGUUAUGAUAGCGGUGAAGUUGUAAUCAGAUUAACGGACUUCAAAAAUAUAAUGCAACUAUCAGAAGACCAAAUUAAGGAACAUCUCUACAAUAUCGGACCGUUAAGUAUAGAUAUAACAUCAUCAUCACUUGCAUCGUAUAUAAGUGGGAUUCUUAUUGAAGAGUGUCAUAGCAGCAUCGAUAUAGAUCACGCAGUUCUUUUGGUAGGAUACGGAAAAGAAAACGGCGUUGAUUACUGGAUCGUCAAGAAUUCUUGGAGUCAUAAUUGGGGGGAAAAAGGUCAAAAGCAACUGUACUCUCUGGAGGAGGCUCCAACACUUUUCGAACAGUUUAUAAAAGAUUACAAUAAAGAGUAUGAUGAGAACGAGAAGGAAGAAAGGUUUAAAAUAUUUGUGAACAAUUUAAAGGACAUUAACGCUAUGAACGAGAGGAGUUCCAAUGCUGUUUACGGUAUCAAUAAGUUUUCGGAUCUUAGCAAAGAAGAAUUCAUAAAAUACUAUACUGGUCUGAAACGAGAGGAGAUUCCAUCGAAUGAUAAAAGUACCGAUUUGCCAGAAUCAUUUAAUGUUACUGCACCGGAUCAAUUUGACUGGCGAAAGAAAGGAGUCGUAACCAGCGUAAAGAAUCAAGGAAAUUGUGGUUCCUGCUGGGCAUUUAGUGCGUCUGGUAAUGUUGAAAGUAUAAAUGCUAUAAAGACUGGUAAGCUCAUCGACGUGUCUGAACAACAACUAGUGGAUUGUGAUAAACAGGAUGGAGGAUGUGAUGGAGGAUACCCUUGGAAUGCCAUGAGGUACUUCCGUGAAAGCGGUGCAAUGUCUUUAAAGUCUUAUCCUUACGUUGCUACAAGCGAGAAUUGCCGUUAUGAUAGCAGUGAAGUUUUAAUCAGGUUAAAGGACUAUAAACACAUUACAAAACUGUCGGAAGAUCAAAUUAAGCAACAUCUUUAUAAUAUCGGACCGUUGAGCAUAGAUAUAACAUCAUCAUCACUUGCAUCGUAUACAAGUGGGAUUCUUAUUGAAGAGUGUCAUAGCAGCAUCGAUAUAGAUCACGCAGUUCUUUUGGUAGGAUACGGAAAAGAAAACGGCGUUGAUUACUGGAUCGUCAAGAACUCUUGGAGUCAUGAUUGGGGGGAAAAAGGUUAUUUUAGAAUGAAGAGGGGAGUGAACUGCUUAUUUAUAACUCGUGAUGGAAUUACAACAGCUGUUAUAUAG